AUGCGGCUUCUCAUAGCGUUGCUGCUCCUCGCUGCGACAGCAUUUGCAUUCAACGGCAAGGUCGAGUCCGGCUCAGGGGCCAUUGCCCAGUCUGGCCAACCGCUCCGUGGGUUCAACUGCCAGUACAACCGCGUGAACUCCUACUUUGCACAAAACUAUGCCUCCCUGCCGGCCGCCACCUUUGAUGGCAGCGCAUCCUGCGGACGCUGCGUCUCCGUGAAGUGCACAGACGACAGCUGUUCGGGCUUGCCAGCUGUCACUGCUCUCGUCGUGGACCAGUGCUACUCCUGCUCCACAUCAUCCGGCCUGAAGCUGUCCUCCCCAGCCUUCAAGACCAUCGCUGGGAUGUCCAGUGGAUCGAUAUCCGCCUCCUGGGAGUUUGUGAGCUGCGGCUCCCUCAUCCAGGGGAACCCGGUCCUCACAUCGUCCGAUCCCACCAACAUCUGGUGGCAGUCCCUCACCUUCUCCAACUCACGCAAGCCCCUGGCAGCAGUGUCCUUGAAUGGGCUGCCCAUGAACCUUCAGCCUUGGGGGCCUUGGGUGUGGAGCGCCCAGGGCCUUCCCCUCAACAUCACGAGUGCGGGGCAGAAUGCCCUCAUCCUGCAAGCCACCGACGGAGAGACGCUGGCCUACACGCUUUCCAACCUCGCCGAGCAGGAACUGGACGGCCAGUUCUCCCUCAACGCUGUCCUGGAGAACUCGUUCUUCUUCUACGAUGCACAGCGUAGCGGGCGCCUGCCAGCCGACAACCCUGUGCCCUGGAGGGGCAACUCCCACCUGAAUGACCCUGUGGUGGGCGGCUACUACGAUGCUGGCGACUACCUGAAGCUCAACUUCCCACUGGGCACCUCCCUGGCCUUCCUGGGCUGGGGCCUGCUGGAGUUCCCCGCUGGCUACGACGCGGCCGGCUUGACCGCGCGCGCCAAGGCCUCGCUGAAAUGGGGCACAGACUACCUGGUGGCCUGCCACGUGGCGGAGGACCAGUACAUCGGCCAGAUCGGCGACCCCGGGAUCGACCACGCCUUCUGGGGCCGGGCGGAGGAGCAGACCGGCGCCCGCCCGGCCUUCACCUGGACCAGCGCCAUGCCGGCCUCCGACCUGGCCUCCAGCGCCGCCUCCGCGCUCGCGGCCGCCUCCCUGGUCUUCGCCAGCGACAACGCCACCUACUCCGCUUCCCUCCUCUCCCACGCCCAGCGCCUCUUCGACUUUGGGGCCAGGAAUGAGGGGUUGUAUUCCUCGUCCUACACCGCCGUUACCUACGUUUACUCCAGCACCACCUACCUGGACGACCUGGCCUUUGCGGCGGGGUGGCUGUACCGCGCCACCAAGAACCCCAGCUACCUCACCGCCGCGCAGACCUACCUCCAGCGCGCGCAGUACUCCCGCAACUACUACGUCAACUGGGACGGCGUCUUCCCCGCCGCCGACAUGCUGCUCAAGUCCCUGGGCGUGGCCAACUCGGCGGGCGUGGACCUCGACACCCAGCUGGCCACCUUCCGGGCCACCUGGCAGCAGGGCCAGAACGGGGUCACCAUCACGCCCAAGGGCCUCUCCAUCCCGCCCUUUGGCGGAUGGGGGAACCUGCGCCAUGCCCUCAACGCCGCCUUUGUCACCGCCAUCCACGCCAAGUACAAUGCGGGGACGCGCGCCGCCGACCUGGCCUACGCCAAGCGGCAGCUGGACUACGCGCUGGGGUCCAGCGGGCGGAGCUUCGUGGUGGGGUAUGGCACCACCCCGCCCACCCGCGCCCACCACCGCGGCGCGUCCUGCCCCAAUCUGCCCGCCGCCUGCGGCUGGGACCAGUUCAACUCCGCGGCCGCCAACCCGCAGGUGCUGUACGGCGGGCUGGUGGGCGGCCCGGCCAGCAGCGACACUGACUACUCCGACGUGCGCAGCAACUACCAGGGCAACGAGGUGGCCAUCGACUACAACGCCGGGUUCACGGGGACCCUGGCCGGCCUCAUCCAGCUGCUGUGA